AUGCCACGCGACGGUGACAGCGACGCGUCGCGACCUCCACCUGCACGUCCCUCGACCAUCGUACGGCUCUCGACCGCGUGCCGAAGUAUGAAGCGCGAAGGCGAAUCCUCCGCGCCAGCGCCGGACAAGCGUCCAAAAACCGAUGGUAUACCGGCAUGGAAGUCAGCUGCACAGCGUCGCGCUGCAGGGCCUGUGGCGCCAGGCAGCAAGCCGAUCCCGGAAGGCCAGCCCAACUGCUUAGCUGGUCUUACGCUCGUGUUCACCGGCGAGCUUUCCAGCCUAUCGCGCGAAGAUGCAGUGGAUCUUGCUAAGCGCUAUGGCGCCAAAGUCACCACAGCUCCGUCGUCCAAGACGUCGUAUGUCGUUCUGGGCGAUGGCGCAGGUCCGAAGAAACUCGAGACGAUCCAGAAAAACAAGCUCAAGACGCUCGAUGAAGAUGGAUUUCUUGCGCUCAUUGCUGAUCGUGGCACGAAAAAGCUGGACCCCAGUGUCAUGUCCAAAAUGCAGGCGGAAGAGAAGAAAGUCCAAGCGGCGGCCAAGGCUCUGGAAGCGCCUACGACGCCUGGGCAGCUGUGGACGUCCAAGUACGCGCCACGCAGCGUUAAAGAGCUGGUAGGCAACAAGGCCAACAUCGAGAAACUGCAAGCAUGGCUUCAUGAUUGGCCCAAGUCGCUAAAGGCACAUUUCAAGAAACCCGGGCCCAAUGCGACAAAUACCUUCCGAGCCAUGCUGAUAUCCGGCUCGCCAGGCAUUGGAAAAACCACAGCCGUGCACUUGGUAUGCCAACUAGAAGGCUACGAAGUGCUAGAACUCAAUGCGAGCGAUACACGCAGCAAGAAGCUCCUUGAAAGUGCUCUCUCCAACACGAUCCACAACAGCUCCAUUGCGGGAUGGGCGCAUGGUGGCGAGACCAAGACGCAUCACCGGCUGGCCAUUAUUCUGGACGAAGUCGAUGGCAUGUCCGGUGGUGAUCGCGGUGGCAUUGGCGCAAUCAAUGUGCUGAUCCGCAAGACCGAGGUCCCGAUUAUCUGCAUCUGCAACGACCGUCGCAAUCCAAAGAUGCAGCCCCUCUAUUCUACGACGUACAACAUGACAUUUGCUAAGCCUACGGUGCAAGCAAUUCGCUCACGCAUGCUAUCGAUCGCGUUCCGCGAAGGCCUGCAAAUCCCUGCCGAAGUGAUGGACCAGCUGAUUGUAGCGGCGCAAAGUGAUUUGCGGUCGGUGACCAAUAUGCUCUCGACAUGGAAAUUGUCGCAGCACAAGAUGACAUUUGAUGAAAGCAAAGCGUUCGGGGCGGCGAACCAAAAGCCUACGCUCCAAACGCCGUUCUCUCUGUAUGGCGAACUGGCCAGUCCACAGCGCUUUGGACCUCUGAAUCGGCAAUCGCUCAACGACAAACUGGACUAUUAUUUCCAGGACCAUUCGUUGGUACCGCUCAUGGUUCAAGAGAACUAUAUCAAAAGCCAGCCUGUGCUCGCUCAGAAAGAAUCUGUCCCGCGUCUGCGAGAGUGGAAGCAUUUGCAGCUGCUAGCGCAAGCGUCGCAUUCCAUCUCUGACGGCGAUUUGGUGGAUACGCUGAUGCAUGGACCACAACAGCACUGGUCACUCAUGCCCCUGCAUGGCAUUGCAAGCAGUGUGCGUCCCUGCUCCUACAUGUACGGCGGUCAUUCGUCGUUCCCCUCGUUCCCCUCCUUCCUUGGCCAGAACUCGAAACGCAUGCGGCUUCAGCGCCAGUUGGUGGAGCUGCAAACGCGCUUGCGGCUGCAUACGACAGGCUCGAAAGACGAUGUGCGACAGUCGUAUGUGCCUGGCCUGCUCUCGCUGGUCGUCGAUCCUAUUCUUCAGCGUGGCCAAGAGGCGAUUCCGGAGGUCAUUCAAGCGAUGGAUGAGUACUAUCUCAUUCCAGAAGAUCGCGAUACGCUUGUUGAGCUGGAGCUCGGAAGUGAGCGGCGUCGUGAGGACCAACUGAAGAAACUGUCUGCGCCUGUCAAGGCGGCAUUUACACGUGCCUAUAACGCAGGCGAUCAUCCUAUUGUCUUUCAGCACUCUGCAGCGAUGCCCAAAGCCCGCGCCAUCAAGGCAGAAGGUGCGCCGGACAACGAAGACGCAUAUGGCGUGGACGAAGAACCUGCGGACGACAACGACGCAGCGGAUGGCGACGCAGACGAUCCCAGCAAGGAUGCGCUCAUCCGGCCAACCAAGCGCAAGAAGGGCAAGGCGGCAGCACGAUAG